AUGAGCACCAAACCGCUCAGCGAGCUCUCAGACCUCGAAAUCUCCUCUCUCACUCAAGAGCUCAAGGAAUCCGAAGCCUCCAAGCGGCCCCUCGUCGGCCCUCUCGAACCUCUCGACCACCUCGCUCAAGAGUUCCCGCCCGACUCGCUCUACCGCAACAAGGUCUCCCGCCUCCAGUCGGACGGCUGGUCGGGAAUCAGACGUGCGAGAGGAGACGGCGACUGCUUCUACAGGUCCUUCAUCUUUGCCCUCCUCGAAGCCUACCUCCCGCUCCACCCUUCUCACGCCGCCCACCUCUUGACCAAAGUCGAGUCGCUCCUCCCGCUCCUCACCGCGUGCGGGUUCGACGAGUCCGUGUGGGAGGACUUUCACGAGCCGCUCCGGCGCCUCCUGCACCGCAUGGGUCCCGAGGAGAAGGACGGUGGCAAGCGCAAGGACGGCGAGCCCAAGCUCACGCGCGACGGGCUCGUCGAGGCGUUCAACGACCCCGAGACCAACAGCUGCAUCAUCGUCAUCCUGCGCCUCAUCACGUCGGCGUACCUGCGCACGCACGAGGACGAGUUUGCGCCGUUCCUGUUCGCCCUCGACGACGACCCGCGCUUCCUCGCCGACGGCGGCGCGCCCACCAUGCGCCAGUUCUGCGCCGACCAGGUCGAGGCCGUCGCCCGCGAGGCCGACCACCUCGCCAUCGCCGCCCUCACGCGCGCGCUCCAGGUCCCGCUCCGCAUCGCCUACCUCGAUCAGUCGCUCUUGGGCGCACAGCAGCUCGCGCCGGGCGGCGAGGGCGCCUCGAGCGCCGAGGCCGAGGUCAACUUUUUCGAGUUUGAGGACGAGGCGGCGAGGAGGGGAGAGAAGGGCAUCGAGGGCGGUUUGCUGUACCGUCCGGGUCACUACGACAUCCUGUACCGGUGAGCGCGCAGGUCGCGCUCCCCUCGUCGCAAUGCACUUGCUUUUCUCUCCCU